AUGAGUCAUUUUAAUAUUGAAUCGUUUAAUCCCUAUGAAUCUUGUUAGUGCUAUGCUAAUUUAGAUAUGGAUUAACCACAAAAACUCUGUGAUUAUUGUUUGUAAAAGAAACAUUAAGAAGACUAUUAAUUUCUUGCUCCUAAAUCCUACUAGGAAUAUUGCUUUGAAUAUAACAACAGAUUUCAAGACGAAUCUAAUCAAAUGCAUGAUAUGUUUAACUCAUAACAACAUUCUCAAUUUUAAUUAAGUAAUUAAGAUGUAAAUCCUUUCCAUUCUUGUUCAAAUUAAUUAGAAAUGCCAUUAAGUACUUAAUUUGAUUAGUAGAACUUCAUUUAAGACAAAGCUAUUAAUCCUAAUCAGAAUGAUUAAUUUAAUAUUAAAUAAUGCGAAAAAGAGUAAAAUUCUUAAAAUAAUCUGAAUUGUUUUUCAACUUAGUUUCCUGACACUUAAAUUAAUUUAAAAUCUUGUCCUACUUCUCCUUACUCUUCCUCCUCCUCUUCAAAAAUUGCUACCUCUAAAUAAAUAUCUUCUCUCUCUCCUUAGUUAUCGCAACAAAAUAUUAAAUCAAGCUCUCAAAUGAAAAGCAAUUAUCAGUCGGUCAUAAAAAAUAACAUUAGAGAUUUUUUAACUCCAAUUGUAAGAAUGAAAACAGGCUUUGUGGAUUACGAGUUGUUAGAAAAAGAAAAUCUUUCAAGUUAUUAGUAUCAAGAUUUUUUAAAAUAGCAUUUUUGUGUUGCUGGUAGAAGGAGUCUAAAAAUCCGACAAUCAACGUUUGACUCUCUCUUUGACUGUAAGGAAAAAACUCAAUUAAAAGAAAAGAAGUCACAAUUAGAGGAACACCAAUUUAAAUUGUAGUUUGAUUGGAUCAACAACAUAAACGAUACCCUUAUUUGUUUCCUUAAUUCUAUUUCUAUUUGA